AUGAACGCAUAUCGGUUCAACAACGCUGAAACUGGCCUCCAACUGGAGCAUAUUGAUGUGCCGCAGGCUUCUCCAGGCGAAGUUCUCAUCGCUGUCAAAGCUGCUGGCUUGUGUCAUUCAGACUGCCAUAUCUUGAAAGGGAAUGACUGGAUUGGCAAACGUCCGAUUACCCUCGGCCACGAAGUAGCCGGGACCAUCGUGGCAUUGGGUGAUGGGGUAUCCAACUUUCGGGUUGGCGACAGAGUCGCGGUCGCUUUGAUUGCCCACCCAGUAGAACAGAUGCAAUUGUUUGCAGCGAUCGGACUCGGCUUCGAUGGGGGUUUUGCCGAAUAUGUCACAGCUCCCGUUACACAUAUCGUUUCGAUUCCAGACAAUGUCAGCUAUGAGCAAGCUGCCAUCGCCACUGACUUGAUCUCGACGGCGUACCACGCUAUUCUCGCCGAGGCCAAUGUAACCGCAUCGACCACGGUUGUCGUCGUGGGACUGGGCGGGUUGGGACUGAAUGGACUUCAGAUUGCGGUACUUCAGGGAGCCCGUGUCUAUGGAAUAGACAUCGAUCCCAAGAAGUGCGCCGCGGCCAAAAAGCUCGGAGCGAUUGAAUGUUUCGCCAGCCUUGAUUCCAUGAAGGAAAUGACAAUUGAUGUUAUUGUGGAUUUCUUUGGUUCGAGCGCCACUCUAUCCAAGGCGAUUACAACCGUCAAGGUGGGAGGGCGCAUCGUGGCUGUAGGCUUAGGUGAACCCGAGACCACCUUACCGCUUGUCAGUUUGGUCAGUCGGGCGAUUGAAUUGAAAGGUUCGAUUGGGGCCAGUUUGGAGGAUUUGCAUUCCUGCCUGGCCCUCAUUGCGUCUGGAGAUAUCUGUCCUGUUUUGGAAUAUCUACCCUUCACUGACCUGAUCGAGGGUUAUCAUCGCCUAGAGCGAGGUGAAGUUAACGGACGACUUUUCACAAGACCUGGUUUGAGUGAAAAGAAUACCCUCACCCCAGCUUGA